CCCGCCAACUCCAACAAGCCGCUGACGCCGUUCAGCAUCGAGGACAUCCUCAACAAGCCGUCCGUGCGGCGAAGUUACUCGCUGUGCGGGGCGGCGCACCUGCUGGCCGCGGCGGACAAACACGCGCCGGGCGGCUUGCCGCUGGCGGGCCGCGCGCUGCUCUCGCAGACCUCGCCGCUGUGCGCGCUGGAAGAACUCGCCAGCAAGACCUUUAAGGGGCUGGAGGUCAGCGUCCUGCAGGCAGCCGAAGGUCGCGACGGGAUGACCAUCUUUGGGCAGAGGCAGACCCCCAAGAAGCGACGGAAGUCGCGUACGGCCUUCACCAACCACCAGAUCUACGAGUUGGAGAAGCGCUUCCUCUACCAGAAAUACUUGUCCCCCGCCGACCGCGACCAAAUCGCGCAGCAACUGGGCCUCACCAACGCACAGGUCAUCACCUGGUUCCAGAACCGGCGCGCCAAGCUCAAGCGGGACCUGGAGGAGAUGAAGGCCGACGUGGAGUCCGCCAAGAAACUGGGCCCAAGCGGGCAGAUGGACAUCGUGGCGCUGGCCGAACUAGAGCAGAACUCGGAGGCCGCGGGCGGCGGCGGCUGCGGCCGGGCCAAGUCGAGGCCCGGCUCCCCGGCAAUACCCCCAGGCGUCCCGCAGGCCCCGGGCGCCGGGCCCCUGCAGCUCUCCCCGGCCUCCCCGCUCACGGACCAGCCGGCCAGCAGCCAGGACUGCUCAGAGGACGAGGAAGACGAGGAGAUCGACGUGGACGACUGA